AGAUUGGUGAUCGAAAUUCCCUCGUCAAAAGGAGCCACUCAUUCUGUAAUUCCCAGCCAAGACGAAGAACUCCAUUUCAACUCCGUUGAGGAUGAGGUAAAUGAUGACUAUCAGCCUCUAGGACCGGCCACGCCGGUUUCUGGAGAAGAUGCAAGAAUGGAUGUCACUCCCCCUGUCGAUGAAACAUCAUUGCCGUUGUCAGAACGAAUCCUACACCAAAACAAAAUCAUAGAGCCAGAUUAUCGAAUGCGCGAGAAGGAUUUUCAGCGGGGCAGGAAACGAGCUUUAAACGAGCUUCUCCUUACUAACGAUAGCAAAGUCAAUCGGCGAUCUCGCCGUUUUCUUGGUGAUCAGGAGAGUCAGACCCCGAGCAGAUGGAGUCUGGCUCCCGAGACACCGCGAACAGGAACUCAAGAUAUUGCGAGCCAGCAGUUAGCAGACCCCUUUGAACUUCCUGUCUUGCCUUCAAUUGAGCACUUUGAGUCUGUUCUUCAUCCGCGCUUCACACCUCAGCCCCAGCCUGGUUCCUUGAGUAGUUCAAUCACACCAAGAGCCCUCAAGCCAUUAAAAUGCGGUUCUUGCAAGAAACAAUACACAAGCCGUACAGGUCUGAAGUACCACCAGGAGCAUGCAAAGAGUGCUGAGUGCAGGCAAGGUGAAGGCAACGUGUCUCACGGAGAAUUUACCUGCGAUAUGUGAGUCACAACCGUUCGGAGUAUUCCCCUCUUCAAUGUCCAGCAUUUCUUAGGACAUUCUACUGGCAAUGUUCAACAGCUCUUGGAGCAUUCUACUCACGAAAAUA